UAGGGCAGAACGCUCCAGGAGCAGCCUCAUGGAAGAGAAGCAGAUCCUGUGCGUGGGGCUAGUGGUGCUGGACAUCAUCAAUGUGGUGGACAGGUACCCGGAGGAGGACGCGGACAGCAGGUGCCUGUCGCAGAGAUGGCAGCGUGGAGGCAAUGCAUCCAACUCCUGUACUGUUCUUUCCCUGCUGGGAGCCCCCUGCGCCUUCAUGGGCUCUCUGGCCCCUGGCCAUGUUGCCGAUUUUGUCCUGGAUGAUCUCCGCCGCUAUUCUGUGGACCUACGCUACACGGUCUUUCAGACCAUGGGCUCUGUCCCUAUCUCUACGGUCAUCAUCAACGAGGCCAAUGGCAGCCGCACCAUCCUACACGCCUAUAGGAACCUGCCAGAUGUGUCUGCUGAGGACUUUGAGAAGGUUGAUCUGACGCGAUUCAAGUGGAUCCACAUUGAGGGCCGGAACGCAUUGGAGCAGGUGAAGAUGCUGCGGCGGAUAGAGCAGCACAAUGCCAGGCAGCCUCCGGAGCAGAAGAUCCGAGUAUCUGUGGAGGUGGAGAAGCCCCGGGAGGAGAUAUUCCAGCUGUUUGGCUAUGGAGAUGUGGUGUUUGUCAGCAAAGAUGUGGCCAAGCACUUGGGGUUCCAGUCAGCCCCGGAAGCGCUGAGGGGCUUGUAUGGCCGUGUGAGGAAAGGGGCUACACUUGUCUGUGCCUGGGCUGAGGAGGGUGCCGACGCCUUGGGCCCUGACGGACGGCUGAUCCACUCGGAAGCUUUCUCCCCACCCCGGGUCGUGGAUACUCUGGGGGCUGGAGACACCUUCAACGCCUCUGUCAUCUUCAGCCUCUCCCAGGGGAAGAGUGUGCAGGAAGCACUGAGGUUUGGCUGCCAGGUAGCAGGCAAGAAAUGUGGCCUACAGGGCUUUGAUGGCAUCGUGUGA